CACUUGAUCCAUGGCAGCGGCAAAAGCGGUGCUGGUCCUGCCGUCGCUUGUGCGCGACGUCACGCAGUUCCAAGAUGGCCUGACCGAAGAACUUGCCAUAAUGCUACACGUAUUCCACAGUCGAACUUUUGCGCAUGACGAAGCAAAGGCCGCAGGUCUGCUUGAAGCACUGCAGUGCCACCACACCAAUUCCUAUUUGGCGCAAUACCUCGGUUGUCGGCCCGGGGGCAUCGACAGCCGACACGUCGACGCCGCCGCACAGAUGGGCUACAUGGAAACAGUUGAGUAUCUGUGCGCAUCUGGCUUUCCCCUCUCCAUGUUCGCUUUGCCCAAGGCUGCGGCGGCCGGCCAUGUGGAUGUGGUCCAGUUCGUCUUCCAUCAUGUCGAUCGCCACCCCCAAAGCGCACGGAUUGCAAUGAAUCAUGCAUCACAUGCUGGUCAUCUUGCAGUGGUGCAAUUUCUCUACGAGCAUCGCCUGGAAGAACUGACCAUUGUCCCGAUUGUGUGUGCAGCAAACGCCGGACAGCACAACGUCGAGAUGUACUUGCGUUCGAGAUUCCAAGGUGGCGUGGAGGAAUAAUGCCGCUGCAUUGCUUGGACUCGAGAAAUCGUUGCAGAAUCUAAUUGUUGAUUCAAGGUUGGAUCGAAGGGACACGCUAGAAUACCUCUUCCACGGCGUUCAGGUCCAAGCGUUAUGGAGCUAAAGCUGCGACCCCUGGUGUGUUUA